AUGGCGAAAGAGAAAUUUGAUCGGUCGAAGCCGCACGUGAACAUCGGCACGAUCGGACACAUUGAUCACGGGAAGACGACACUGACGGCGGCGAUCACGUCGGUGUUGGCGAAGAACGACAAGAAGAACGAGAUACGGAGCUUCGACUCGAUCGACAACGCGCCGGAAGAGCGCGAGCGCGGGAUCACGAUCGCGACGGCGCACGUGGAGUAUCAGACGGAGAACCGGCACUACGCGCACGUGGACUGUCCUGGCCACGCGGACUACAUCAAGAACAUGAUCACGGGCGCGGCGCAGAUGGACGGCGCGAUUCUGGUGGUGGCGGCGACGGACGGUCCGAUGCCGCAGACGCGGGAGCACAUUCUUCUGGCGCGCCAGGUUGGGGUUCCGUCGCUGGUGGUGUUUCUGAACAAGUGUGACGCGGUGGACGACCCGGAGCUGUUGGAGCUGGUCGAGCUGGAGGUUCGGGAGCUGCUGAGUUCGUAUGAGUUUCCCGGCGACGACCUGCCGGUGAUCCAGGGUUCUGCGCUGCAGGCGCUCGAGGGGGACACCGCGGCGGAGGCGUCUAUCCGGGAGCUGAUGGCGGCGGUGGACUCGUAUGUUCCGCUGCCUGAGCGGGACGUGGACAAGCCGUUUCUGAUGCCGAUCGAGGAUGUGUUCUCGAUUUUGGGCCGGGGGACGGUGGUGACGGGCCGCGUGGAGCGCGGGAAGGUGACGGUCGGCGAGGAGAUCGAGAUAGUGGGCUUCAGCCCGACGCAGAAGAAGGUGGUGACGGGCGUUGAGAUGUUCCGGAAGCUGCUCGAUGCGGGGGAGGCGGGCGACAACAUCGGGGUGCUGCUGCGCGGCACGGAGAAGGACGACGUGGAGCGCGGGCAGGUGUUGGCGAAUCCGAAGUCGAUCACGCCGCACACGAAGUUCCGCGGCGAGGUGUAUGUGCUGACGAAGGACGAGGGUGGCCGGCACACGCCGUUCUUCAACGGGUAUCGGCCGCAGUUCUACCUGCGCACGACGGACGUGACGGGGGUGGCGACGUUGCCCGACGGGGUGGAGAUGGUGAUGCCCGGCGACAACGUGGCGAUCAGCGUGGAGCUGAUAACGCCGGUGGCGCUGGAGAAGGGGCUGCGGUUCGCGAUACGCGAAGGCGGGCGGACGGUAGGCUCGGGGACGAUCACCGAAAUCAUCGAGUAA